AUGUCUUCCGAUGAAAACAUGAACGAAACUAUUUCCUCACCCUUGACUAUGAAAGAAACAACACCAACAGUGAAGCAUACAUAUAAACGAAAAACAAAAACAAAUCAAAAAGGUAAGAAGACUAACAUUUCCGAUAAAGAUUCACCAACAAUGAGAGAAACACGAUCAAUGCAGAAAAAUCAAAAAGGUAAGAAGAUUUUUAUUUCUGAUAAAGACCCCACAACAAUGAUAGAAACAGAUUUGAAGAGGAAAAAUGCGAAAGAUAUACCACCAAAGCUGGGAUUUUAUAUUCUUCAAAAAUUUGAUUCUGAGAGAAUGUUGAUAGAUAUUGAAGGAAAGGAACUGAAAUUGUUCUAUGCUGAUAACAUCCACUCAGAAGAUUUAACGGUAACACGUAAAUGUCCAACAAUUUGUUAUUGGAGUUUAGAGAAGAUUAGAUAUCGAGAGACAUUUGAACAAGAAGAAUGUAGAUUUGGACUUGGAGAAUUAAAUGAAGAAUUUGUUAAUGAACAAGAUGAAGGAGAUACAGAUCUCGAAGACAGUGAUUCUGAUAAAGAUGAAGAUCAUUCUGUUGAGGGAAAUGGUGAAGAAGACAAUGAUAAUGAUGAAAGUCAACCGGAAGUAGAUUAUUUGCUUGAUUCAAAUGAAGCAGAGAAUGAAGGAAUAAAGAAUGAUGGAGAUAAGAAUAAAAAAGAAGGUGAAACUGAAGUAAAAGAGAAAGAUGGAAAGAACAAUGAAAAUGACAAUGAUGAAGAAAAAAAGAUGAUGAUGUUGAAGAAACAAAUAAUCAUGAAGAGAUUAUUCAACAAACUGAAAAUGAAAAUUUGUUGGAUAAAGUUGUUGACAACAUUGUGGAUAAUGUCCUUGGAAUUGGAUUUUCAAGUUUAA